AUGAGGAUGUGGCUGGGAUAUACACUUGCAUUACUCGCUGGUUUGCAUGGGUCUAACGUAGAAGGAACCAACGAAGUGGAGAAAACAAGAAAAAGGUUUGAAAAAGCCUUUUCUUGCAAGUUGAGCGACGAGGAAGUAGAAAUUAUAAGAAAAUCACUUGUGGAAGUUUCUGGUUUGGAAACAAGAAUAUUAUUACCGCUUAUUUUUCAUGAUCGUAAACUUGUUGCAUCACCGGUUGCUAAGUAUCGGGAUAUAAAUGAAAGGGAAAGAGAAUAUGUUGAAAAAGUUGUUAGGCUACUUCCAUAUUUGGCAUGGCGCUCGGUGGCAUUGGUGUGUGCACCUGGGAAUUGGACCCUAUUUUUAAUGUAUGAUGUUUUUAAAACAACCUCUUUCAAAGACUUUGAUCCUGUUGUUCUGUACAGGGAGAGCAAAGGGAGAUCUAGAAUGAGGUUGAUGGACUUAGUAGUGGAAAUCUUCAAACGUAAUAAUUGCAUGGUGAGUAGAUUUGGGCAAGGACUUGCUCGUGAAGCAGAGGUAAGAAUCCAAGGGAUAUCAAGUUCUUUAUCUGCCAUGGAAAGAAAGAGAGAAGAGGAAAUGUUGAGAAAAAUCAAAGAACAUGGAGAAAGGCUGUGUACUAAAAAAAAUCAAGAGCAGAUAAUCGAGGCACAGAAGAUAAUGUGCGAUGCAUGUGAAUAUAUCUGGAAAAGAGAGGAGAAUAGAAAAAGCUUUGUUAUGGGAGCGCAUCUAAAGCACCUAUAUCUAAGAAUGAUAGAUCCAAGUAAUGAUGUGGAGGGACCACUACUUUACUACAUAGACCAUGAAAAGAUGAUAAAUACGUAUGAGAAAUAUAAAAGCAUAAGUAUUGUAGCAGAGCUAGUCAAGAAAGUGGUUAUAGAAUAUGAGGAUAUUAACGAUGAAAGCAUCAGUAGUGCAGUGCAUGAAGUUAAGGAGAGAGAGUCGGAAGAAAAGAGAAGAGAGGAAGAAAGCCUUAGGAAUGCAGAGGAGCUGUUGAGGAUGGAGGAGAGGGAGAAAGGUGAAGGAAAGGGCCCUAAUGGGAAAGGCAAAAAGAAGAGAGGUAAGAAGGGUGCAGGAAAGGCUAAGGAAGAGAGUAAGGAAGAGGACAGAGGGGAAGAAGAGGAGGAGAGUGUAGAGGCUGAAGUUCCAGUGGAAGAGAUGGCGGCUGAGGGAGCUCGGCCUAAGAAGAAGAGAUCGAAAGAAAGGAGUAAAGGUGAAGACAGUUGUUAUAGGGUGCACAAGAGGGUUCUCCGGUGGAUGAAAAGUGUUGAGAGGAUUAAGUAUGAGCUGGAUAACGGAAAGGAAGAGAAGUGGAAGGGCAAGAGUAUGGAGGAGAUUGAGGGGCAGAAGGUACUACAUGACAUUAUAGAAGUGCUGAAGCUCCUCAGGAGCAGGGAGUGUGAUAAGUUCUUUGUCCGGACUGGCAAGUACAUGAAGGGUGGGAGUGAGAGAUGGAAGAUGGUAGCUCUCGGGAUACUUGAUGAGGGAGGGGAGAAGAAGGUGGGAAAUGUCGAGGUUGGGCUUUUCAAGGGCAAGAGAGAGGAAAGUGUGGUCUACCACCUGAUGUUCAAGCCUACCAGUUCUGAGAAGACAGGAAAGGGAUCAAGUCCGUCGUUUGGGAAGGGAGAUGAUGUGGAUGAGAUAGAAGAGGAUGGGUCUUCUGACAUGUCUGGGUUUCAGUAUCCUCCGGGCGUCCGAUCUGAGGUAGUGAAGGAUAAGGGUGAGUUCAGGAUAGUGUGGAGGAAUCCCAAGGAUACCAGCUCGGUUCUCCGGAGUCUUGCUGUUCUGCAGAUUCCUGAGAUCCAGUGA